UGUUGUUACGCAUAUCAAAACAAUAUUAAUCUGGAGCAGUCGAGUCUCUAACCAAGCCCGGGUGGCUUUUGUGUAUUUUUAAGACAAUUUCACGUCUUUCCCUGGCCUUGUCGCAAUGGGAUGGUUCUGGGGCAACUCCUCUGGCGAUGAUGAUCCUACGAAGAAAUUAGACCCCGGGCUCCGAGAAUACUUGGAGAAAGAGACUCCAUCAAGAUAUAUACCGACUACGGAUGUGCCAUCCUCCGAGCCUCCCUCGAGAGAGACGCCGACCUCUCCGGACAAUGCGACUUCUGAGAGCAGGACGACUGUUCCCUCCGCUUCCCUAUUCCCUGACGGCCGAUACGCCCACCUCUGGAAAACAUAUCAGCCCAUGAGUGAGCUUGAGGGACCAGAGAUAUCACCAGCUGAAAAGGUCGUUGAUCAAUUCAAGAAGAGAAAAGACGUUUUAAACCGAGCGGCGUUAGAAAAUUGCGCAGAGGAACACAUUGCGCUUACAAAUUGCUUUAAAGAUGGAGACGCACAGCAAAGGAUGUGGGCUAGGAUGACUAUGUGCUCAAAACAGAACAAAGAAUUCUCAAGAUGUUAUACGAUGCAAGCGAAAUUCUUACAGGCUCUCGGCUACGGUUCGAAUUUUGACUGGGAUCGAGAAAACGAGGAGAAGAUUCAAAUGCAUGCAGACAAGCUUUACCACCAGAUGUUGGACUACGAGGCUCGAGUGGAAGAAGCAAAGGCUGCUGGUGUCGAGCCCCCUCCUCUGAGGUCCUUGUUCAAUCCAGAUGCGGCACCAAUACCCGCGGAAUCGGAAGGGGAUAACGCGAACGAGCCCGCUAUGGUCCCUGGGGGACUCCAGAUACCGGCUGGCAUGAAGCCCUCAAAGCCUCUAAAAGACCUGACUCCUCACGAGCGAGAGUUAGAGGUUAUGGCGCUCAAACAACAAGUUGUACAGCGGGAUCGAUAUGUGAAGGAGGUUUCACCAUUGGUCAAGGCUGACGAGGAGGCGAAAGCGAAGCGACGUGCCAAGUUUACCAGCUGGUUCGGCGAAACUAUCGGGAGAUGGCUGGCAUAAAAUCGCGAGAAGACCUGCGUUGACUUAAGUGCUGGUCAUCUGCAAUAUAUGAUAUUUUCUCGGCGAGAAAGAAUGAAGAAAGACUCUUCUAACCAUGACUGGGUAAACGAAAGCCAGUAUCGGCCACGGUACGGAGUACAUCUAGAGACUAAGCUAAUAUAUAGCGGAAAUCACGUCUCCAAAGGUGCAAGGCAGCUGCAUCUAGGCACAUAUAAAUAUGUCAGCUAUUUUCUUUCAGCGACAGGAAUAGGAGCGCUCCUGGCCGCGUUUAUCGUGGAGUCUGUGGUGCAUAUCAUAGUCAAGCAAAAGUGCCAUUGGGUGUUUUUGGAGGAUAUAUGGCUGGGUUGUGGUUAUUUGACCAUAUGUACCUUAAAAUGUAAAAUAUAACUGUAAAAAUAUUCUAAU